AUGGUAACUCCUGACGCUCAGAACCUCCACAACUACCUUGCUGGUGUCUCCUUCAUAUCCCUAGUCGCCCCCGAUGAGGAUCUGUUUUAUGAAACGAUCACAUAUUACACCGACCUUGGAUUCUUGGAGACAUUGGUCUACGACAGGGCUAACCCUACUGCUGGAAAACAUCAAGACGAUCUCUGCUUUCUCAGUGACAGAGAAACCUGGCUUCAUACCGACCCGGAGCAAGAGAAUCAGGGUACCGCCAUAACUAUCAAAAUCCGGCUGGUAACAGCCACAAGAUUGGAAGGAGAACCGUCAUCCCCGAAACUUCUAAGAAGAAGCUCCACGUUGCACCCACCCACGGAUAUCCGAGAUUGGAGAGGUGCAAAGCAGGCCCUGGUCUUGUUUUCCCCAAAGCUCGACAAGAUAAUCGAGCUCCUCCAGAAGAAAGGAUAUGCCUACCAAGCUCAACCAAACGAACAUGCCCCCUUUGAGAUAUACACUUACGACCCACUGUCCACCUUAGUGGGGUUUACAUCUAAGCCAAACCCCUUCACAACGAUCGUCAAAUCAUUGCCCACAGCUUCACAGCAGAACCCAACUAUCCUCCCGAGCGUCGAGCCUACUUUGGACGCUAAAAGGAGGAAAAUUGCUGUGAUGACUAGCGGUGGCGACUCUCCUGGCAUGAAUGGAGCUGUUAGGGCAGUCGUUCGCACCGCGAUAGCAAUGGGUCACGAUGCGUACUGUAUAUACGAAGGCUACGAGGGAUUAGUACAAGGCGGUGAUCUAAUCAAAAAAAUGGGUUGGGAGGACGUUCGCGGUUGGCUCUCAGAGGGGGGUACACUCAUUGGAACUGCUCGGUCCGCUGCUUUUCGCCAGCGCUACGGCCGCUUAGCAGCGGCCAAAAAUUUGGUCAUAAAUGGGAUCGAUGGGCUCAUUGUCUGCGGUGGUGACGGUUCACUCACCGGAGCCGACCUCUUCCGAGAAGAGUGGCCUGGUCUUCUUGAAGAGUUGAUCAACAAUGAGGAGAUAACAAAGGAGCAAGCAGAGCCCUUCCAAACGUUAAAUAUUGCGGGACUUGUUGGGUCUAUCGACAAUGACAUGUCAUGUACGGAUGCCACAAUCGGCGCAUACUCUUCUUUGGCCCGAAUUUGCCAAGCUGUGGACUACAUUGACGCAACUGCUGCUUCCCAUCAAAGAGCCUUCAUCAUCGAAGUAAUGGGCCGGCAUUGUGGUUGGUUGGCCGUGAUGUCCGGUGUGAGUACCGGCGCAGACUAUAUUUUUAUCCCAGAAAAGCCUCCCGGCGAGGGUUGGGAGAAACAAAUGUGUGAUAUUAUAGCUCGGCACCGAAAACUUGGGAAGCGAAAAACGAUCGUCAUCGUCGCUGAAGGUGCUAUCGAUCGGGAUCUGAAGCCCAUAACUUCGGAGUAUGUCAAGAAAGUUCUUGUUGACGUUUUGAAACUCGACACACGAGUGACCUGCCUAGGCCAUGUCCAACGAGGUGGCACUGCCGUCGCUUAUGAUAGGAUGCUCGCAUCGUUGCAGGGUGUUGAAGCAGUGAGAGCGAUCGUAAAUGCGAAACCUGGGAGCCCCAGUCCAAUGAUAGCUAUCACGGAAAACAAAAUCACGAGGAAGCCAUUGGUCGAGGCUGUAAGAAUGACAAAAGGCGUCGCUGAAGCCAUAAAAAACAAAGAAUUUGACCGCGCCAUGAAACUUCGGGAUGCAGAGUUCGACGAGUACUAUCGGGCUUUCAUCGCAACCACCGUACCUGGGAAGGAAAAAGAAAGACUCCCUGAAGAAAAGCGCAAGCGAUACGCAAUCGUCCACGUAGGUGCACCCGCCGGGGGCAUGAACGCAGCAACCAGAGCAGCAGCUCUUUACUGCAUAAGUCGCGGUCAUCGGGCAUUUGCUAUUCACAAUGGCUUCCCGGGGCUGGUACGUCAUGAUUCUGUUCGAGAGUUAACUUGGCUUGGUGUUGAAGGCUGGGCUAUUCGUGGAGGAAGUGAGAUAGGUACCAAUAGGACGGAACCUGGCGUAGACUUAGGUAUGGUUGCUUGGUACUUCCAAAAGUACCAAUUCGAUGGUUUACUACUUAUCGGCGGGUUCGAAGCCUAUAAGUCUUUGUCGGAGCUCCGGGGGGCUCGGCAGUCAUAUCCUGCGUUCAGGAUUCCUAUGGUAUGCCUUCCGGCAACAAUCAGCAACAAUGUGCCAGGAACCGAAUAUUCAAUCGGGAGUGAUACUUGUCUGAACGCUCUCAUCGAUUAUUGCGACGCUAUCAAACAGAGUGCCAGCGCCAGCAGAAGAAGAGUUUUCGUUGUUGAAUGCCAGGGAGGGCGCAGUGGAUAUGUUGCAACGAUGGGCGGUCUUUCCACAGGAGCUUUGGCUGUCUACACGCCGGAAGAGGGUAUCAAGCUCGAGACGCUCAUGAAAGACAUUAAUACUCUAAGAGGAAGUUUUGCGAAUGAUCAAGGAAUGAACAGAGCGGGGAAAAUCAUUUUAAGGAAUGAGAAGGCGUCAGCUACUUACACGACCGAGAUCAUUGCCAAUAUGAUUCGCGAGGAAGCACAGGGUCGCUUUGAAUCCCGAACCUCGAUUCCGGGCCAUGUUCAGCAAGGUGGAACUCCAUCGCCGAUGGAUCGUGUACGGGCUGUUCGCCUCGCCACCAAAUGUAUCCAGUAUCUGGAAACCCACGGAGGGACUAAGGCGGAGGUGCACGACAACCCAGAAUCGGCAGCGGUGAUUGGUAUCAAAGGAGCCGCGGUUGUUUUCACACCGAUGGCGAUUCUAGAGGCGACCGACACAGAUUGGGAGAAUCGACGACCGAAGCAGGCAUACUGGCGCAAUCUUAGGGGGAUUGUCGACGUCCUUUCAGGUCGCAAACAAACCUUUGACGCAGCAGAUCUUGUCGAUGAUAAUGAAAUUCAGGAGCAAACUCAGGAGCAUGGCCAAGGGCAAGCUCAAGAAGAGCCGGGUCAGGAACCGACUGGGGAACGGGUUGGAGAGGAACAAAUUCAAGGGGUGGCUUGA